AGAGCGCCCGGCCUUGACACAUCAUUUGUCAUCGCACCAGCAGAUAAAUCUUCCACCUUGAAGCAUACGCGGUAUUGUCCUUGAACCUGCUGCAACCGUGGAUUCUGGCUCAUUAUUCGAUUGCUUGGAAUUGGUGCAGCGUCUAUCCGUAACAUCCUCUCGUCGUCAUCAUCCCCUCUCUGUACCUCUUAUACCCCCGUUCGUCACCAUGUUCACCGGAAUCGUCGAAGAUGUCGGAGUCAUCUCCAACCUCAACACCAAUGACUCCACUGGUGGAACCUCCAUGAUCGUCACUCCCCCCACCGGGUCCUCUCUGCUCUCAGACUGCCACGACGGCGACUCCAUCGCCAUCAAUGGCGUCUGUCUCACCGUCACUGAGUUCACCUCCGAGGCUUUUACAAUCGGUGUCGCUCCGGAGACGCUGCGCAUUACUAACCUCGGCGACCUUGUUGAGGGCAGCAGGGUCAACCUUGAGCGUGCUGUCCGUGCCGACACUCGCAUGGGCGGCCACUUCGUCCAGGGCCACGUCGAUACCACCGCCGAAAUUCUCUCCAUCGAGCAGGACGGCAAUGCUCUGACCUUCCGCUUCCAGCCCAAGAGACGCGACAUGUUGCGCUACAUCGUGUACAAGGGCUUCAUCGCCAUCGACGGCACUAGUUUGACCGUCACCAAGGUGGAUGAUGUUGAGGGUUGGUGGGAAGUUAUGCUUAUUUCCUACACCCAGGAGAGGGUCGUUGUGGCACAGAAGAAGAAGGGCGAGACGGUCAAUGUUGAGGUUGACAUGAUGGCCAAGUACGCCGAGAAGUCUCUGGCGGGUAUCCUAGGCGCCGAGUCUGGCACUGCUUCGAUCCCGCUUUUGGAGAAGAUGGUCCAGAGGAUCGUGGCACAGGGUCUUGGAGCGAAGCCUUGAAAUACGUUCAAAGAUGUAAU